GCGGGCACGGCGGCGGCUCUGGCGACUCCGGCGACUCCGGCGACUUCGGCGACUCCGGCGACUCGGGCCGCCCCGCCGCGGGGUGCCAUGGGCGCGCGCACCUGCGCGGGCGCGCCGGGCCGGCUGCUGUAGGGGGCGGCGGCGAGCGGACCCGCGACCGGCCGGGGCGCUGGAGCAUGGGGGGCGCGGCCGUCGGAGGGGCGCGCCCGCGGCUGGCGUGGCUCGGACUGUGCUUCUGCGCGGCGGCGGCGGCGGCGGCUCGAGGAGCCGAUAAUGGCGAAGUCCUCCCCGAUUCCAUCCCCUCGGCUCCUGGGACACUGCCUCAUUUCAUAGAGGAGCCCGAUGAUGCCUACAUCAUCAAGAGCAACCCUAUUGCACUGAGGUGCAAAGCCAGACCAGCCAUGCAGAUAUUCUUCAAAUGCAACGGCGAGUGGGUUCAUCAGAAUGAACACGUCUCCGAGGAGACUCUGGAUGAGAGUUCCGGCCUGAAGGUCCGGGAAGUGUUCAUCAACGUCACCAGGCAGCAGGUGGAGGACUUCCACGGGCCUGAGGACUACUGGUGCCAGUGCGUGGCCUGGAGCCACCUGGGGACCUCCAAGAGCAGGAAGGCCUCCGUGCGCAUAGCCUAUUUGCGAAAGAACUUUGAACAAGACCCGCAGGGAAGGGAGGUGCCCAUCGAAGGCAUGAUUGUGCUGCACUGCCGGCCCCCAGAGGGGGUUCCUGCAGCGGAGGUGGAAUGGCUGAAAAAUGAGGAACCCAUUGACUCUGCACAAGAUGAGAAUAUUGACACGAGGGCUGACCACAACCUCAUCAUCAGGCAAGCGAGGCUCUCAGACUCAGGAAACUAUACCUGUAUGGCAGCGAAUAUUGUGGCCAAGAGAAGGAGCCUGUCAGCCACGGUUGUAGUUUAUGUGAAUGGAGGCUGGUCUUCCUGGACAGAGUGGUCAGCCUGCAAUGUUCGCUGUGGUAGAGGAUGGCAGAAACGUUCCCGGACCUGCACCAACCCAGCUCCUCUCAAUGGUGGGGCGUUUUGUGAGGGAAUGUCAGUGCAGAAAAUAACCUGCACUUCUCUUUGUCCUGUGGACGGGAGCUGGGAAUUGUGGAGUGAAUGGUCGGCCUGCAGCCCCGAGUGUGAGCAUUUGCGCAUGCGGCAGUGCACAGCACCACCCCCCCGAAAUGGGGGCAAAUUCUGUGAAGGUCUGAGCCAGGAAUCGGAGAACUGCACAGAUGGUCUCUGCAUUCUAGAUAAAAAACCUCUUCAUGAAAUAAAACCCCAAAGCAUCGAGAAUGCCAGCGACAUUGCUCUGUACUCAGGCUUGGGUGCUGCCGUGGUGGCUGUGGCGGUUCUGGUCGUUGGAGUCACCCUGUAUAGACGGAGCCAGAGUGACUAUGGCGUGGAUGUCAUUGACUCAUCUGCAUUGACAGGUGGCUUCCAGACCUUCAACUUCAAAACAGUCCGUCAAGGUAACUCCCUCCUCCUGAAUUCCUCCAUGCAACCAGACCUGACAGUGAGCCGAACAUACAGUGGGCCCAUCUGUCUCCAGGACCCACUGGACAAAGAACUCAUGACGGAAUCCUCGCUCUUUAACCCACUGUCAGACAUCAAAGUCAAAGUCCAGAGCUCCUUCAUGGUCUCCUUGGGAGUGUCGGAGAGAGCCGAAUACCAUGGCAAAAAUCAUUCCGGAACGUUCCCCCAUGGAAACAACCGCAGCUUCAGUACCAUACACCCCAGAAACAAAACACCCUAUAUCCAAAAUCUUUCAUCACUCCCCACCAGGACAGAACUGAGAACAACAGGAGUCUUUGGUCACUUAGGAGGACGCUUAGUGAUGCCGAAUACAGGCGUGAGUUUACUCAUACCUCAUGGCGCCAUCCCAGAGGAGAAUUCCUGGGAGAUUUAUAUGUCCAUCAACCAAGGUGAACCCAGCCUCCAGUCAGAUGGAUGCGAGGUGCUUCUGAGUCCUGAAGUCACCUGUGGGCCACCAGACAUGAUUGUCACCACUCCCUUUGCCUUGACCAUUCCACACUGUGCAGAUGUCAGUUCUGAGCACUGGAAUAUCCAUCUGAAGAAGAGGACACAGCAGGGAAAGUGGGAGGAAGUGAUGUCAGUGGAAGAUGAAUCUACAUCCUGUUACUGCCUUUUGGACCCGUUUGCAUGUCAUGUGCUUCUCGAUAGCUUUGGGACUUAUGCCCUGACAGGAGAACCAAUCACAGACUGUGCCGUGAAGCAACUCAAGGUGGCGGUGUUUGGCUGCAUGUCCUGUAACUCUCUGGAUUACAACUUGAGAGUGUACUGUGUAGACAAUACCCCUUGUGCGUUUCAGGAAGUGGUUUCAGACGAAAGGCAUCAAGGUGGACAACUGCUGGAAGAACCAAAGUUGCUGCAUUUCAAAGGGAAUACCUUUAGUCUGCAGAUCUCUGUCCUCGACAUCCCUCCAUUCCUCUGGAGAAUCAAACCAUUCACUGCAUGCCAGGAAGUCCCGUUCUCCCGCGUGUGGUGCAGUAAUCGGCAGCCCCUCCACUGUGCCUUCUCCCUAGAGCGCUACACACCUACCACCACCCAACUGUCCUGCAAAAUCUGUAUCCGGCAGCUCAAAGGCCAUGAACAGAUCCUGCAGGUGCAAACAUCAAUCCUAGAGAGUGAAAGAGAAACCAUCACUUUCUUUGCACAAGAGGACAGCACUUUCCCUGCACAGACUGGCCCCAAAGCCUUCAAAAUUCCCUACUCCAUCAGACAGAGGAUUUGUGCUACAUUCGAUACUCCCAAUGCCAAAGGCAAGGACUGGCAGAUGUUAGCACAGAAAAACAGCAUCAACAGGAAUUUAUCUUAUUUUGCUACACAAAGCAGCCCAUCUGCUGUCAUUUUGAACCUGUGGGAAGCUCGUCAUCAGCACGAUGGUGACCUUGACUCCCUGGCCUGUGCCCUCGAAGAGAUUGGGAGGACACACACGAAACUCUCAAACAUCACAGAAUCCCAGCUCGACGAAGCCGACUUCAACUACAGCAGGCAAAAUGGACUCUAGUCGACUUCCUCUCCUGAGGCAGCAGCGGCCAGCUUCAAAACAUUGGCUUUAAAUGGGGGAAAAUGAGGGAGCUUUCUGCCUAGUGGCAUUUGGGGGAUUCAGCCUUCAUUGCAACCAGGGGAAUCCCUAGUUGAAGGAACUGAAUUUUGUAUUGAAUAUGUUCAUAAGAAAAUGUACAAGCUCUCUUUACUAGUGGAGGGUUCCACUGUCUCCUCUGAAUCCAUACUCGGGUUAAGAGUCUACAAACUCAGAUUUAGAGUUCAAGAAAGAAGAGAGGGCUCUUUUAGAUAAAAAGGGAACUGUGGGAAAAUAUGAGCUACAAUGAAGCUGGGAUGGCAGAGAUUGAACAAAUGCAUGCUUUGAAACAGGUUUUUAAUGAUGUGCCCCAAAGAGCCAGCUGAUUAUGGUACCAGAUUGUCCUGGUUUUCUACCAGUUGGCAUCUGUAAUAUUGGCGCUCAGUGUGAAACUGGCUUUUAGAAGGGAAACAGGUUUGCCAACCCAUUUGUAUGACUUCAACUAUGAUAAAGAGAUUGUUUCAAAUUUAGAAUCUGAGUGCAUUGCACCAACACCAAUCCCUUGUUUAUUCUAGCCACUUAACAUAAACAAGAUUGAGAUUACAUAAAAUCCACAGAUAAGUUGCAUAGUCUCUCACCUUCAUCUUUGCUCCUAGAGACAAAUCUACCACAUUUUUUCUUUCCAUCCUUUAUCCUUUAUUGUAGAGAUUUCAAGGAUACAAAUUAGACUUUUCAAUAUAGUGUUGUAUUUCUUCUAUGUUAACAAAGUAAGAGCACCCUUAUCCCAACAAAAAUACUAAAAUGGCAGGUUUAUAACACAGUCUAUCACAUGGAUUUGGAGAUUAGGGGCCAAAUCAGUUCUAAGGAAACACAUCAAUUGCUAAUGUCACAGUUCUCAAAAUAAGCUACAUUUCAAGAUGGAGGUAUUAAUUCAAGCCCCAAAUUGUUUAAUGGGUUUUGAUUCUAAGUUUGAAUGUAGUUUCUUGAAAUUUGAUAGGUGUUUGUACUAGAUUAACAGAAACUAUCUCUCUGUAUGGCUAGACAGGUCAUUUUUCUUUUGCCUCUUGGGAAAUUAGCAGAUAAUUUUGCUCUGAAUUAUAUCCAAGUAAGUAAAUUUGAGAAAUACCUCUACCACAAUGUUCCAGAAGCCACAGGAUUGUUCAGGGAGCCUUCUAGCUCUUAUGACUCAAACUCACCAAGUAUGCUUUCUCCAUUGCACCAUUUUCAUAUUGCUUUAUGUUUUAUAGAAGAGGUGUUGGUAUUAUAGAGAAAUCCACAAAUAAAUUUAUGACCCAUACCACUUUCCCCUGUAAAAUCAUUUUCUACAAGAUAUUCUGAUAGACUAAGGAGGAAUUGAUGUCUUCUUGUUCAUCUCUUGCAGAUAUUUUAAAUUAGUUUAUCACAGUCAGGAUCACAGAAGGAUGAAAAUUAACCACAAAACAAAUGAACUACUGGGUUGAAUGAUCAUAAAAUUAAAAUUGCCAGGGAAUGGGGGAGGUGAUGAGUACUUGUCAGUAGGAAGAUGAUCAAUUUUUAAAUGUUUUUAUAGACCCCAGGUUUUAAAAAUACUGUAAAUUUCCAAGUAAGUGAAAAUAAUCUAAAACUAAGUUGAAUUUAUGAUGCCAUGGAUGCAGCAGUGAAAACUCUUAACAUUUCAGCCAUUUUCUCUAAUAUGUGGUUUAUACAUGGAACCCUGCAUUUGAUAGAAGGCUUUGCUACAUUAAAUUCAAAGCAUCCUGCUUUUCUCAGGAACCAAAUGCAUAGUAUAUUGAACAAAUUCCAAGGAAACUGCCCACCAUAUUUUCAAAAUAUCAUAUCUCUAUCAGAAAAGCAACCUCUUGUCUGUGCUCAAGUUGCUUAUUUCUCUAGUAAGCCAUAGAAACCAUAAGCGCAUAAAUCAUUUCACAUCCUGAUAUAAUUUCUAGAAGAAAAGUAAAAGUAGAUGUUCAGUCAUCUAAAAUAAAGGUGAUUGGCAGGAGUGGUAUGAUAUGCACAAAGAAACUGUAUUAACUGAUAAAUGACUUAUAGAAAUAUAUUUUACAAUUUAUAUUAGUAAACACCUAAUGGCUUAUAACCAUCCUGCUUCUUCAUUCUUUCCUUGUAAUUGGCUUAAUAAUGAUUGCAUUUGUCAAUCUACAUACUUCCUUUUGAGAAUUUUGAUAUAUUUGAAAUUAAUGAAUAAAAUGAUCCCCUAGAAUCAAUUAUAGAUUAUUUUAAAAUGAGAUUAUCACUAAUAUCUGAAUUUCAAGAAUUUGAUCUUAUUUUUUUAGAAAUUUUCUCAUCAUACUAACAAAGGAAACAGAUUUUUAUAGUUUCAUCUGUGAUACCAGCCAAAGGCUCAAAUUCAUCUUUCGGUCCAUUUUUUCUCCGUCUCCUACAUUUCUGUUAGUUAUGCUAGAUAUAUGAAAUCCUGUAGUUACCACAUGUCAGAAUCAUGCAGUAUUUUGUAAUAGAAUUCCAAAGAGAGCCCAUGUUUAAGAAAUUUAUGGAGGGGUGUGUGUGUGUGUGUGUGUGUGUGUGUGUGUGUGUGUAUGAGAGAGAGAGAGAAAUUUUAAAUUUGAUAGAUUUAUAUUUGAAAUUGUGGUGACACACCAUGACUUAAACCUUGAUCCAUUUUAAUAUUCACCUGUCAUUGUCACAAAUUCUCCUUUGAAAGAGAUUUGCUCAGCAGACCAAGCUCAUACUGAAGACUCUUAUUGUCCUGUUAUAAAAUAACCUUAAAAUUGAAAGUAGCCUUUGAAUCUUGAUAGGUUACUCGAAACUUUUACAGAAUUUUCCACCUAAUGCCAAAUAUUUUAAUAGGCAUUUGUCUAAUAGUUAUGCUUUAAAUAUGACUUAAAAUUAUGCCACCAAAAUGUUGUCCUUUAUACCUUCCCCAAACUACAACAUCGUAGAGUUAAUUUCUAGUUUUUAUAAUAUUGCUGUGCACUCUCACUGACUUAGAUUAAGAUCCUUUAAGUCAAAAGGAAAUUCACUCUAUGGAUUUAAAUGCAAGCUUCAUUUACUGCCACAGAAGGUCUCUUACCACUCAGAUGUACUUCUAUAAAAAAAAUUUCCUGGCAUUUUUAUAAGAGAUGAAUAAAAAUUGACAACUCUUAAAGGAAAAAUAAUUCCUCUUUUAAAAAAAAUCUCCAACUGCUGGUGCUAUCUUUUGCAAAUUUCCUAUAUGUUUUCUUCAUUCAUCUUGGGGAAGGGAUAUUGUCAAAUCACUAAUAUAAGGUUUUCUUUGGAUUAAAAAUAUUGGGCUUAUUACAACUACUUUCUUUUUCUUGACAGAAGUUCUCAACAUUGGCACCAAGAAGUACAGGUAGAAUAUUAAAAUGGUAUAAUAGGUGUUGCUAAUAUUCCCCCCUUCUGGCUAACUUAUCAGUUUCAGCACAUAUUAAAGUCCUUUGAUGUGCUUGUUUUCUUUCUUACCCCUGAGUUUCUUAGCCCCUCUGUAAAGGUGUUGAACAAUAUUGCUAUCAGACAGACUGAAGUUGAAGCCCAGAGUUCUCUGUUCUAGAUCUGCGGCAGUCACAGGAGCCAGGAGAAGCUGAGAAACAGGCUUCUUGGGCCCAUAGUGCGGCCCAUUUCCAUUCAUUUUCUUCAUAAAACAUUGCAACGUUGGGGCUGGAGUGAUAGCACAGUGGGUAGGGCGUUCGCCUUGCACGCGGCCGACCCGAGUUUGAUUCCCAGCAUCCCAUAUGGUCCCCCGAGCACUGCCAGGAGUAAUUCCUGAGUGCAGAGCCAGGAGUAACCCCUGUGCAUCACUGGUGUGACUCAAAAAAGCAAAAACAAAACAAAACAAAAAAACAUUGCAACGUUCGGAAUCCUUGUAACUUCCACCGACUGGAUUUGAGGUGACAUCUACAGCGAGGGAGAGAGCAAAUUGUUGUCCUGCUGUAGUGACACCAUGUGAUUAGCCCUUUGGUGUUAGUUGCCAUAGCGCUGUGUUUGAAAAAUCAAUGCUUUAGCUGAAAGCUGAAUGGCCACCGUUUCCACAGUUUCCACUGUUUUGUCUGCAUAGAAUUUUCCUGAACUACGAGCAAAAAUGUAUUUUGUCAAAUGUCACAAAGUGAAAUGUUUCUAACUUAGGUGUGUUGCAUAUUUUUGUGUUCUUACUUUCCAAACUCUUUCAAAAGCUGCAGUUGCGAUGCUGUUUGGCGGUAUUGACAGCAUGUGGUGUUUCUCGCAAAAGCAACUCUAGGAGCGCCAGUGUCUCCCUUGGACUCUUCCCAUCCCCCGCCAGGGCGUCAGCAAGGUGGAAAGGGCGAUUUGUACGCUGUGUUUUUCUAAAGGGUGACAGGGGAUGGAAACCAGACCUGGCCGUUAGUCACUAGUGUGUAGUACUGUGAUCUGAAGUAGGAAACUUAACUCACAUUAGAAUAAUUGUGGUUUUUGAAGCAGCUACGUUGCUUUUUCCUUUUGCUGUGAAGAUCAUGGAUUUGGAUUGUCCUUGAGAGGUGGCCUAAGACAGUCCAGUGUCUUAGAACCCGGCCUCCACCUGAACCCAAAGACAAAAACGGCUGUAGGCUUCAUGUGCUUAAACUUCAAAAGGUACCUCCCAAAUCCCUAAGAAUGAGUUUACUGGGGGUUACAACUUCUUUUCUAAAAAUGUAUCACCUUGAAUUACAAAAUGUGAUCACUAAAUUUGGUAAUGUGAUAUCUUUUGUGAACAGAAAUGUCAUGAGUAUUUUACAAAACAUGUGAUUUACUAUAAAAGUGAUCUUCUGCUCCAAAUUUUGCAAACCCUCAAAAGUAUUGCACCUCUCAGGCAUUAUUUAUGUACAAAUUCCAAAACUGGAUCAAUUAUAUACAAUUUCCUGAGACAAUAUGAUAGAGAUUUAACUGUGAUUUCAUGAAUCAUAAAAUACACGUGAUCCCUAUGUUGAGGUGAGUUUGUAAGCAAAAUAUCAUGCCUUAUGAUCCCAUUACUGAAACAGACAUUAAAAUUAGAAAUACACCUAAUAAUGCCCAUCUAAUCCUGAGCUUUGCUGCUUAAAGAAAAUUGGCAUUUACCAGAAAAACACUCUCCAAGGCUGAUACCAGAUUCUGUUAGCCACUCCCAUUCAAAACUUCUCUAGAAGAAGAAGGGGGAAAUAUGGCAAUUUUUUAACAGAAAACAAGUGUCUCCUUUUUCUAAAUUAAAAUUAAGACUUUAAAAUUUCUAUUCUUGGGGCUGGAAUGAUAGUCCAGUGGGUAGGGCAUUUUUGCCUUGCAUGUAGCCCACUGGGGUUCCAUCCCCAGAAUCCUGUAUGGUUCCCCGAGAGCUGCCAGGAGUCAUUCCUGAGAGCAGACCCAGAAGUAAUCCUGAGCAUCUCAGUGUGCUCCCUGUCCCCCAAAAGUUUCAUUCUUCAUAAUUGGCACAUUAGUUAAGUUGACCUAAAAAUACUGCAAAUAUAAACAAAAGAAAAUGGACUUCUUCUUCUGACCCAAACUCCAAAAAACUAUGAGUAAUUGUUUACUUCCACUUCUGUAUGGAAGACUUUUCAAACAGCUUUCAUUUAGUUCUGUUUAUUUUGGGAAGAUGCGUGGGGGGAGAAGGUGUUCUUUCAAGUGAUUCAUAUCUCAAGCCCAUACCACUCUCAACUUUAUGCGAUGUGUUCAAAGCCAGAAAAAAAAAAGUAGGUCUGAACACUUAAUUUGACAUGAAGCUGAAGGAGGGCGUAAGCCAGAGCUGAGAGUUUGAAUAAAGCAUGGCCUUGGCUUCAUACCACACUUUUUGUGCCUUGUAUUAUCAAUGUAAAUUCUGAAUGUUGUACAGUAAAUACUUGGAUGGACUUCUUAGAAAAGGCUGCACUGGCUUCUUUUUCAGCACAUGUACAUAUCUAUAAAUAUAUAUACAUAUAUAUUUGGUAAUGCCAAACAGCUGUGUUAUAUUGUAUUGAACAAAAUGGACAGUUUGGAUGUUUUAUGUAGAGUUUGCAAAAAACAAAAAAAAAACAAACAAAACUGGAUGGCUACUGACUUUUCAAGAUAAAUGUACAGACGCAAUUACUGCAUAUCAGUUAUUUAUGAAUAAAGAGUCUUUUAUUGACAUUUUAGGAUA